AGUUAGUCUGUAGCUUUGCAACUGCUCGCACUAAACCUUUUCGGAUCUAAAUUAAUCAGGUUGUACACAAAUUUCGUUUCUUUUCCUUUGGUAAAAUAAAAUGAAAAUGUUAAAGUCAUUGAGUCUGAUUCCCCGUAUUGUUUCUCCGUUUCAAAAAUGUUACUCAACCGAUUUGAUCAGUUUGGUAGGCGUUCCCCGGGUGAAGAUAAGCAAAGGUCAGAAUCGUUAUUUGUUGGUUAAUAUUCAUACGCAUGGCUUCACGAAGUAUGGAAGAGUUAUUGUCCGUGGCGCCGAUGUCGACAAUCACUUGGCGAUUUUCGACUCGAUUUUGGAGGAGCUUGAGCCCGAGGGCAUAUGUGCCAAAAUCCUCGGUGGUGGAAGGAUCCUCAACGAGCCAGACAAUAAGAAAAUAAAGAUCUAUGGCACCUCCAGGACUUUCGGCGGUGCUGAUCACACAAGGACAAGGAAUAUACUUCAAGCGUGGACCACUUAUAAGGACUUCAAGAUAACCGUUAAACAAUAAAGUUGCAUAAAUUUCGAAAAUGUAAAUUCAGUACUAAUAAAACACUAGAAUAUGAAAGUA